AACCAGAAGCUUCGUCGACGACGCACGCCCCAUUCCGACAUAAGGGACACCUCAGCCAUUAUUUGAUUAUUAUCAGAGAACCUUAACGAACAACAAAAAAUGUUUUGGCAUUAGUCCAUAAUUUCGUCUUAAUUGCUGUUUCUACGUUUAGAGAAUUUCUGUACGCCAAGUAUUGUGUCAGAACACGUUAAAUAAUGUUCAAAGAUUCAUUUGAAGAACAACUCUUAGUUUUAACACAAGCAAAGGACUGGAAAGCAGUUCUCGAAUUGAGUGAAUCACUACCUUUGGAUAGGAAGAGUAAAUACCUCUGGACAUGGCCGACUGGAGAAGCUUUGGAAAAUUUGAAAUCAACUUUACAUCAACUGGGAAUUCAAAAACUUCUCAGCAUUGGCUGUGGAACUGGACUUCUUGAGUGGAUUAUUGCAGAAAGCAUAGGUGUUUCUGUUUAUGGUCUAGAAGUUGACCGAUCGUGGUGGGAGAGUAGCUAUUCACCAACAAGUUAUAUUAAGUUGAAUUUCAUCAAUGAAAUUUGCAUGCAACCAAGUUUCCUGCAAGAAUGCUGUGAUACAAAGAAAUGGGAUUUUGCGCUGGUCUUUUGUUUCUUUAAUAAUGGAGAAGCUUUCCGUGAGUACCUAAGACUUUAUCAUGGAUCCGUUGUGAUAAUAGUUGGACCAUCCCCGGAAGUAGGAAUACACACAGAUCCAGCACCUCUUAAGGCUGAUUUCUGCGAAUCAGGGUGGAAGCUUUUGAAGUACUUUAACAUAUCCAAUGAUGAUAUAAUUUCAUUUUAUACAAAAUCAUAAUAUUUGUUUCAUUUUUAUUGCAACAUUAAUAAGAAAAAAAUAAUAAACAACUCUGGCUUUUUUGUUGUAA